UUUUCAAUGUAAACAUCUGGUACGGUAGCUAAAUAGUCCGGAAAGCCAAAAACAGUUCCAGUCAAAAACAAAGCUAGUAAAAGCUUAAGCGUGCUCCUUUUCUUUCAAUUCUCUUUCCUCACUUGAAAUUACUAACACACGGCCAAAUGUUCAGAAGGCUGCGUUUUACCCCUUCAGUUUUUGCUGACGCAUUCAUAAAAGAAAUGGCUCAAAAAGGCUUUCGGAGCAGGAGUUUCGCAUUGCUGAUGGGGAUUUUCUUCGUCCUAUGGAUGAUCCUGAAUAUCACAACCUCAGAAAACGUCCAGCUAGCGCUAUACUCUCCAAAAUUAAUUGCGUCAGCCCUGCUCGGAAAUGAAUUGGAUUUAACUAGUAAGUGUCAGUUGAUGAAGAAGAAUCACUACUUCUGCAUCGGAACCUCCGAUAUCUGCGGACCCAUGGACGAAUACACCUCCCGAGGAAAACCGAACGACGGCGAACUGUGCCGGAAACUGAACGAAAUGGGUUCGGAUAAGUGCAGUCGGCAUAAUUACCCUGAUUACUAUCAUUAUUUUUUUAAGAAGAUAUCAAACAGGAAAUUGAACAUCCUCGAAAUUGGUCUCGGAUCACAAGUCGAUCCCCGCUUCAAGUCUCAAAUGAAAAAAAACUUCACAAUCGGCGGAUCUCAAAGAGUCUGGCGCGACUACUUCACGAACUCACAAAUCUUCGGCGCGGAUGUCAACCCAGAUAUAAUUUUCGAAGAAGAACGACUGAAAACGUUUCAUGUCGACAUUACAAAAAACGAGACUCUAAAUGCGAUGUUUGAUAAAAUUGGCGUUCAGUUGGAUAUUUUGAUUGACGACUCUUUACACGAACCUGGACCACAAGAGAAUCUUCUCUCAGUCGCAUUUGAAAAAAUCAAACCAGGCGGUUUCUACAUCGUUGAAGAUGUUAGCUCUGAAACUUUCUGUGACAAGGCUUUGCAGUCAUAUUUGAGACGAGGCUUCAAAAGUUUUGCGUUUAUUCGCACAAACAAGAUAUAUGACAGUGUUCUGUCGAUUAUAAAGAAACCAUAACAAUAUCAAUAAAAAAAUUGCACUUUUGUUGAACUUUGUAAUCUGUAGUUGUAAGAACAAUUUCGCAGUUAUAUUUCACUGUAAUAAAAAUCAUAUCAUAAUUUAA